UCAAAAUCAGCAACUAACUGACGGUGACCCCUGUGACCCCUGUCACUGAGAGCAUGGUGCCAUUUGACCUAGCACCCACACGAGCAGAGGAUCUAUUAACCCUUGACCUUUAACCUCUUGAUAUGUUAACAGUCGAUGACUGCUGCUACACCAAACCCGCCCCUUUAUGUCCCCACAACGGAAAUCACCUAACCCCAGACUGCACACAAUCUGGUAAGAGACACUAGACACUAUAUGGGCGACCCUAUCCACCCCAAUACCUAUAUUGAGUACUUUUCCAAUCCAUUAUCACAGACUACACUCACUGACUAUUUUGUUUAUACAUUAUAUAUUUCGGGGGAACAGACUUAGGAGGAUGUUCUACCAUAAAACCCAUCAAUGAAUUUUUCACAAGAGAAAAUUAUUUGAUACCUUGUAGGUCGUAGUCUGCUGAUAGUUCGCAGAAUCAUCCCUCUGUAUCUUACCUGUGUAUCUGACCUGUGUAUCUUACCUGUGUAUCUUACCUCUGUAUCUUACCUGUGUAUCUUCAAAUCAAAUCAAAUUGUAUUCGCCACAUGCGCCGAAUACAACAGGUGUGGACCUUACAGUGAAAUGCUUACCUACAAGCCCUGCCUAAAUGACUACAGACACAUAGCACUCACGUCUGUAGCCAUGAAGUGCUUUGAAAGGCUGGUCAUGGCUCAUAUCAACAUCAUUAUCCCAGAAAUCCUAGACCCACUCCAAUUUGCAUACCGCCCCAACAGAUCCACAGAUGACACAAUCUCUAUUGCACUCCACACUGCCGUUUCCCACCUGGACAAAAGGAACACCUACGUGAGAAUACUGUUCAUUGACUACAGCUUAGCGUUCAACACCAAAGUGCCCUCAAAGCUCAUCACUAAGCUAAGGACCCUGGGACUAAACACCUCCCACUGCAACUGGGUCCUGGACUUCCAGACGGGCCGCCCCCAGGUGGUAAGGGUAGGUAACAACACAUCUGCCACGCUGAUCCUCAACACGGGGGCCCCUCAGGGGUGUGUGCUCAGUCCCCUCCUGUACUCCCCUGUUCACCCAUGACUGCAUGGCCAGUCACGACUCCAACACCAUCAUUAAGUUUGCCGACGACACAACAGUGGUAGGCCUGAUCACCGACAACGAUGAGACAGCCUAUAGGGACCUUGCCGUGUGGUGCCAGGAUAACAACCUCUCCCUCAACGUGAUCAAGACAAAGGAGAUGAUUGUGGACUACAGGAAAAGACAGACCAAGCAUGCCCCCAUUCUCAUCGACGGGGCUGUAGUAGAGCAGGUUGAGAGCUUCAAGUUCCUUGGUGUCCACAUCAACAACAAACUAUCAUGGUCAAAACACACCAAGACAGUUGUGAAGAGGGCACGACAAAGCCUAUUUGGCAUGGGUCCUCAGAUCCUCAAAAAGUUAUACAGCUGCACUAUCGAGAGCAUGCUGACUUUUUGCAUCACUGCCUGGUAUGGCAACCGCUCGGCCUCCAGCCUCAAGGCACUACAGAGGGUAGUGCGUACGACACAGUACAUCACUGGGUCCAAGCUUCUUGCCAUCCAGGACCUCUAUACCAGGCGGUGUCAGAGGUAGGCCCUAAAAAUUAAAUUGUCAAAGACUCCAGCCACCCUAGUUAUAGACUGUUCUCUCUGCUACCGCACGGCAAGCGGUACCGGAGCACCAAGUCUAGGUCCAAAAGGCUUUUUAACAGCUUCUACGCCCAAGCCGUAAGACUCCUGAAUAGCUAAUCAGAUGGCUACGCGGACUAUUUGCAUUGUGUGUGUGUAUCUUACCUGUGUAUCUUACCUGUGUAUCUUACAGGUGCACAGUGUAUAUAACCUACGGUAGUAGCUACUCUUGUAUCAAUGGUUUGUCUAGUAGCCAGUAGAGAAACAUACCAUUCCACUUUCUCUAUCUCCAGUGUGUGUUGGUUUUGUUUAUUACACAUUAUACAGUACAGUAUAAUGAGUUUCUAAUGAGAGGCUAGGGAGAAGAUUGGCCUUUUCUACCUCUUCUUCCCCCACAGGCAGUAUGCAGUCAGGAACAAGAUGAAAAAGGAAGUCCACAGUUGGGGUUGUUCUGUGUUACCUUUGUUAUUGUGUGUGUGUGUGUGUGUGUGUGUGUGUGUGUGUGUGUGUGUGUGUGUGUGUGUGUGUGUGUGUGUGUGUGUGUGUGUGUGUGUGUGUGUAUGUGUGUGGGUCUUACUGUAUGGCUGUCUUUACAUUACAGUACCAUGUAUUGCACAUUUCCUUCCAAUGAGGAAUUGCGCAGCCAAUUGCUAUUACCUACCUAUUACCAUACCUAUUACCAUACCUAUUACCUACCUAUUACCAUACCUAUUACCUACCUAUUACCUAGCUCUACAGAUAUCUUCUAGCUAACCCUCUCUGCUCCCUGUCUGUCUCCCUGUGUGGGUUCUCUUUCAGUCAGGAUCGGCAAGCUGAAGAGGAGGAGACCUGACGAAGGCCAGGUAUGUUCCUAAAUAGAAACUGGCAUUGUAUCAUAGGCGACAGCAAGCUAUUCCUCCGUCAUACUGUAUACUGUACUGGAUGUCUUAGAAAGAUUGAUGAUGGAUAGAGCAGGUGGCUUGGUCUGGAAACUGGGCUACAGAAAUAACAGCAUGUUGUGCCCACCUGUGAUUAAACUCCUGGUGUUAUUUACUGCCCAUUAGGCUCAGUGUGUCCAUGUGGAGAGGGCCUGCUUUUACCGUACCUCAGGAUACUGUACCUCAGGUUACCGUACCUCAGGUUACCGUACCUCAGGUUACCGUACCUCAGAUUACCGUACCUCAGGUUACCGUACCUCAGGUUACCGUACCUCAGAUUACCGUACCUCAGGUUCCGUACCUCAGGUUACCGUACCUCAGGUUACCGUACCUCAGGUUACCGUACCUCAGGUUACCGUACCUCAGGUUACCGUACCUCAGGUUACCGUACCUCAGGUUAUCGUACCUCAGCUUACCGUACCUCAGUUUACCGUACCUCAGGUUACCGUACCACAGGUUACCGUACCUCAGGUUAUCGUACCUCAGCUUACCGUACCUCAGGUUACCGUACCUCAGGUUACCGUACCUCAGGUUACCGUACCUCAGAUUACCGUACCUCAGGUUACCGUACCUCAGAUUACCGUAGCUCAGGUUACUGUACCUCAGAUACAUCAGUGACAACCAAGGGCUAUGAGAUAUGUAUUUACGUAGAAAAAUGUGUAGGGUGUGUAAAAUGGGAUGUGUGUGUGUGUGCGUGCGUGCGUGACUGCGUGGCUUCAUCAUGCCUGUGUCUGUGUGUGUUUUCAGGACAUUUUGGUGGACCUGGGGGGAGAGGAGGAGGAGUGGACUGAGCGGAGGAGGAUACGGAUGACAUCCAUGCUGGGGGGGUGUGAAGGUAAAACACAACCCCCGUACCAGCCCCUCUGACUGGGUCUUGGAUCUGGUGCAGUGUGGUGGAUAAUGUGACUGAGUGGCAGUUAGAAAGGCACUGAACUUUUCAGUACAUAUAUUAUACUCUACUAUAGGCCUACCUGUAAAGCUGAAUUGCUUUCACUUACCAACAGCAAAGCUCUACCUUGAUUAUAUGGGUUGCAGAUAGGGUUAUAAAAUUGCUGUAACUUUCCCAAAAUGCUCAGGUAUUCCAGAAAUCAUAUUCCCUUCUGAUUCCAGGAAUCUUCCAACCAGGAUGUCUGGAAAACCUGGGAAUUUUGGGAAAGUUAAGGGAAUUUUUCAGCCCUUGAAAAGAAGACAUACUGUACAUGUCAAGACAAACAAUGAUAAUGAGUGACAAUGAGUUGGCAUGACAGCAUAGGUGACAUGAAUCACUCCACCCAUUUGGAAGUGUCACCUUUCAAUGGCCUCAGAUUAGCAAAAAAGUCUCACCUCUCAAUUGCCUUGAAAAUCUGCCCUUAAGACUCGAAAGUCAGUUAACACCGUCCACUAUGUGAGAAUGUGCUAGGUGAGAGUGAAAGUAUGGUGAGUGUGAAAAUGUGGUGAGUGUGAAGAUAUGGUGAGUGAAUAUGAGUCACAGAGUGUUGUGAGGUCCUCAGGGUCGGCGUUUGUAAGCAGCAGCACUUCUAAGGAAGGCCGUGGUGACAGCGACACUGAGCUGGACGUGGAUGGAGACCACACUCUGGAGUAUGGUAGAGUACAGUAUCCUUUAAAACGUAUCAGAUUUUAUAAGAUCUAAUCAUGAAUCCUAUGUUCUCCACAUCAUUGUACAGGGAUCCACCAAUAUGGCAGUACUGUAUAAUCUUACAUGGUUGCAUGCAGUCCUUAUGUUUCCUUAACCUGGUGAUCCAGAUAUACGGAGGAAGACAUCAUCCGCUGUUCAGGACAGGAUCCUGGGGAGGUGGAGGAGAGGGAAGCACUGAGGGAGGCAGUUCUAAAGUACGCACCCCACCCUGUACUCCCAUGGCCUGUUUCUUUGUUCCAUCACUACACAACAAAGCCUCAUGUCUGUGUGGUUAGCAUUGUCUGCAUUAACUGCCUUAUUGGUUCUAAAUAUUAUAUUUUGUUUCUCAGUGGUGGUACACUGUCCAACAGAGUAACUCUGGAACAUUCCAAAUGGACAAAUGAGGGUGAGAACAGCUACAGAGUUUGAAUUAAUUAAUGUUUAGUACCUAUAAUAUAAUUUGGUGGGUGCUUAUAUUUGUCCAAUUUCAUGUACAUGUGUGCAUUAAUUCGCAUGUGUGAAUUGGAAAUGUGUUUUUUGCAUAUCCCAACUCUCCCUGAGACACCUUGAGACACCCUACGACAGCGUUCCCAAACUUCUUCACUCAGGCCCCACUUCCAGCAUUGGGGAACAUCCCACGCCCCACGUCUAUUGGCACAAGCACUGUUCAUGACACAAACUGUUCACGUCCCUCUUGUUGGCGGAGAGAGACUUUUUGCAGUUUUAAAGCUUAUUUCCUGCAAUUCUACACAUUUUGUCAUGGGGUCCAGAUUCUUUUUUGCAGUUUUAAAGCAAAUUUUCUUGCAAUUCUAUACAUUUCGCCAUGCCUAAUGUUUAUUCAUGUGAUAUUUGAGUGACUCAAACAUUACAACAAAAUCUAAGGCUAACAAACCAAGCCAAAACUGACUUGGACUAUUUGAUCUGGACAUUUCUGACAAGUUAUAAACAGUUAUCUGAUGAUACACUACCUCAUUUUGAAAUGACACUUUGUGCAUUCUACUAUUACAACUUUCAAGAGAAAGUGCCCUACGACACCCUUGUCAGCUCGGGGAUUCAAACCAGCAACCUUUUGGUUACUAGCCCAACACUCCAACCACUAGGCUACCUGAUGCCGUACUUCAUUAAUUGGAUAUUAAUAAGUGUGGGUGUCUGAUCUAAAAUGAUAGUCCUCUUUUGCUACAGGAAGUCCAUCCACUAGCAACGGAGAGAGCAACAAACUGGACAACAGCAUAGCCUCCCUACACAGGACCUGUAAAAAUAGUGACAUUGAUAUGUAAGUUCUGAAAGAAAUGUCAAGAGUUUCAGCUGUGAAAAUGUUCUACAUUACCAUUGACUUCAUGAUACCGUAAACCUUUCCAAAAAUAGAAUUAAAUAGGUGUUAUCGGAUAUUAUUCAUUCUAAUCAAACAGAUUUUUUACAUGGACGAUACAUUGGAGAUAAUAUACUGUAAGACAAGUACUGGAAAUAAUAGAACACCUUGAAAAAUCUGGGAAACCAGGCCUGGUAUUCAUAGCUGACUUUGAAAAGGCUUUUGAUAAAGUACGACUGGAAUUUAUAUAUAAAUGCCUGGAAAAUUAUACAAUGGGUUAAAGUUAUGUAUAGUUACCCUAGGUGUAAAAUAGUAAAUAAUGGCUACUUCUCAGAAAGUAUUAAACUGUCAACAGGAGUAAAACAAGGUUGUCCACUAUCAGCAUUUCAAUUUAGUAUGGCCAUCGAAAUGUUAGCUAUUAAAAUCAGAUCCAACAUUAAUAUCAAGGGGCUAGAAAUCCAGGGCUUAAAAACAAAGAUGUAAUUGUACGCUGAUGAUUCAUGUUUUCUUUUAAAUCCACAAUUUGGAUCCCUCCACAGCCUCAUAGAGGAUUUAGAUACUUUUUCUAAUCUCUCUUGAUUACAGCCAUUGUGGUCCUCUGUAGCUCAGCUGGUAGAGCACGGUGCUUGUAACGCCAAGGUAGUGUGUUCGAUCCCCAGGACCACCCAUACACAAAAAAUAAUAUAUGCACGCAUGACUGUAAGUUCCUUUUGAUAAAAGCGUCUGCUAAAUGGCAUAUUAUUAUAUUAUUAUUAUAACCAAAUUAUGAUAAAUGCACUAUAUUACGCAUUGGAUCACUAAAAAAUAUAACUUUUACAUUACUGUGUAGUUUGCCAAUACAAUGGUCUGACGGUGAUGUGGACAUACUCUGUAUUCAUAUCCCAAAAGAAAGAAAUUAUCUCACUACAGUAAAUUUGAAUAGAAAUGUAGCAAAAAUAGAUAAGAUCUUGCUACCAUGGAAAGUAAAAUACCUGUCUAUUUGUGGAAAAAUCCACCUGAUUAGCUCUUUAAUCAUAUCCCAGUUUAGCUAUUUGCUGAUGGCCCUGCCUACAACUAGCGACCUGUUUUUUGAAUUAUAUGAGCAAAAUAUAUUCCAUUUUAUUUGGAACGGCAAGCCAGACAAAAUUAAACAGGCCUAUUUAUUUACAUUUUAGUCAAUUAGCAGACACUCUUAUCCAGAGCGACUUAGUGCAUACAUUUUUUCAUACUGGUCCCCCGUGGGAAACUAACCCACAACCCUGGCAUUGCAAGUGCCAUGCUCUACCAACUGAGCUACAUAUAUAUAAUGAAUAUGAAUUCAGAGGGCAGAAAUGAUUCAAUAUUAAAGCAUUAGACCUCUCACUAAAAGCUUCAGUCACACAAAAGUUAUACUUAAAUCCGAACUGGUUCUCUAGCAGAUUAGUAAGUAUGUCUCACCUCAUGUUCAAGAAUGGCCUUUUCCCGUUUAUUCAGAUUACAACCUCUCAUUUUCGGUUAUUUGAAAAUGAAAUAAUCUCAAAAAUAUUAAUAUUUUUAAAACAAGCCAUAGAAAGUUGGUUGCAAUUCAGUUUAAACCACCAGAAAAGACAGAACAAAUAAUACAACAAAUAUUAUGGUUAAACUCAAAUAUAUUAAUUGAUUAAAAAAAAACGUUAUUUUGAAAAAUAUUAAAAAUAAGGUAUAAUCUUUGUGAAAUAUAUCCUAAAUAGGACUGGUGGAGUUAUGUCACACAUGCAGCUAACAAAAAUAUAUGGAAAUGUCUGCUCUACCCAAAAUGACAACCAACUAAUUGCACCAUUACUGCAAAAAUGCAAGUGGAAGGGGGAGAGUAAGGAACUUGUCUGUCGGUCCUGCAUUAAAGACCAAAAUUGGUUAAAGAAAAUGAUGAUAAAUAAAAAGGUAUACCAGUUUCAUUUAAGGACCAACAAAUUGACAGCUGUGCCAUAUAGAUUGCAAAAUAGUUGGGAAGAGAUUUCCAAUGUUCCGAUUUAUGAACUGAUAUGCAAAAUGACGGCGGAUUCAAAACUUAGAUGUUUUCAAUAAAAAUUAUUAUAAAAAAUUCUUGCCACCAAUAGAAUGUUAUAUAUAUGGGGGAUACAACCAUCCCAGCUCUGCAGAUGUUGCUGCAAAAAUACAGAAUAAUUAGAUAAUUUGUUUGGGUACUGUCCAUAUGUAGCUUGUUUUUGGUCGCAGGUCCAGGAAUGGAUGAAGAAUUGCAACAUUUACCUUGAGCUAACUCUGCAAAUAGCACUGUAGAAGGAUUCAGAACUUUUGUGAAACAUCACAGUACAGUUGAAAAAUAUAUGGCAAAUAGAAAUCCAAUAUGGAUGAUAGAUGGGAGGGGUUGAAUGGAGCUGAAGGAUGGGACUAAUAACAACUAACAACAACUAAUAACAACAAGAUAACUAUUGGAAAGCAUACUGUGUCCAUAAUAAGUAUAUACAGUUGAAGUCGGAAGUUUACAUAAACCUUAGCCAAAUACUGUACAUUUAAACUCAGUUUUUCACAAUUCCUGACAUUUAAUCCUAGUAAAAAUUCCCUGUCUUAGGUCAGUUAGGAUCACCACUUUAUUUUAAGAAUGUGAAAUGUCAGAAUAAUAGUAGAGAGAAUGAUUUAUUUCAGCUUUUAUUUCUUUCAUCACAUUCCCAGUGGGUCAGAAGUUUACAUACACUCAAUUAGUAUUUGGUAGCAUUGCCUUUAAAUUGUUGAACUUGGGUCAAACGUUUCGGGUAGCCUUCCACAAGCUUCCCACAAUAAGUUGGGUGAAUUUUGGCCCAUUCCUCCUGACAGAGCUGGUGUAACUGAGUCAGGUUUGUAGGCCUCCUUGCUCGCACACGCUUUUUCAGUUCUGCCCACACAUUUUCUAUAGAAUUGAGGUCAGGGCUUUGUGAUGGCCACUCCAAUACCUUGACUUUGUUGUCCUUAAGCCAUUUUGGCACAACAUUGGAAGUAUGCUUGGGGUCAUUGUCCAUUCGGAAGCUCAUUUGCGACCAAGCUAUAACUUCCUGACUGAUGUCUUGAGAUGUUGCUUCAAUAUAUCCACAUCAUUUUCCUUCCUCAUGAUGCCAUCUAUUUUGUGAAGUGCACCAGUUUCAACUGCAGCAAAGCACCCCCACAGCAUGAUGCUGCCACCCCCGUGCUUCACGGUUGGGAUGGUGUUCUUCGGCUUGCAAGCAGCCCCCUUUUCCCUCCAAACAUAAUGAUGAUAAUUAUGGCCAAACAGUUCUAUUUUUGUUUAAUCAGACCAGAGGACAUUUCUCCAAAAAUUACGGUAUUUGUUCCCAUGUGCAGUUGCAAACCGUAGUGGCGGUUUUGGAGCAGUGGCAUCUUCCUUGCUGAGCGGCCUUUCAGGUUAUGUCGAUAUAGGACUCAUUUUACUGUGGAUAUAGAUACUUUUGUACCUGUUUCCUCCAGUAUCUUCACAAGGUCCUUUGCUGUUGUUCUGGGAUUGAUUUGCACUUUUCGCACCAAAGUACGUUCAUCUCUAAGAGACAGAAUGUGUAUCCUUCCUGAGCGGUAUGACGGCUGCGUGGUCCCAUGGUGUUUAUACUUGCGUACUAUUGUUUGUACAGAUGAACGUGGUACCUUCAGGCAUUUGGAAAAUGCUCCCAAGGAAGAACCAGAUUUGUGAAGGUCUACACAUUUCUUUUGAUUUUCCCAUGAUGUCAAGCAAAGAGGCACUGAGUUUGAAGGUAGGCCUUGAAAUACAUCCACAGGUACACCUCCAAUUGACUAAAAUAAUGUAAAUUAGCCUAUCAGAAGUUUAUAAAGCCAUGACAUCAUUUACUGGAAUUUUACAAGCUGUUUAAAUGCCCAGUCAACUUAGUGUAUGUAAACUUCUGACCCACUGGAAUUGUGAUACAGUGAAUUAUAAGUGAAAUAAUCUGUCUGUAAACAAUUGUUGGAAAAAUUACUUGUGUCAUGCACAAAGUAGAUAUCCUAACCGACUUGUGGUUGAAAAAUGUGUUGUAAUGACUCCAACCUAAGUGUAUGUAAACUUCCGACUUCAACUCUAGGUAAUAGGUUGAGAGCUUUUGUGAAGAGUACAGUUAGAAAGAUAUGGCAUAUAGAAGCAAAGCUGAUGGAUAUCAUGAAAAUGAUUGGAGAGGUUCAGGGUAGAGGAAGUUCAGGAGUAAAAACAAACAAAAUAUAAUUAUUGUAAAAUUGACUGUGUCCAUGAAAUGUAUAUAGUAUGUAUAAGCUGGAUGUAGGGGCCUAAGCGUUGUUGUUCACUAGUUUACUCCAAUUAGGGAAGGGGUGGUGGGGUUGGAAAGUAAUAAAGGGAAAUAUAUUUUAAAAAAUAACAAUAACAAAAAAAAAAUAUAUAUAAUAAUAAUAAUAAUAUAUAUAUAUAUAUAUAUAUAUAUAUAUAUAUAUAUAUAUCACUGCUGGGUGAUUUAAAAAGUCAUAUUCAAUCGAUCAUUAAUAUAAUAAUACUUUUAGCAAAAAAAAUUAUCUUUAAUUUACAAUCUGUUGAAACUAUGAGAAUAGAAAGGUUCAGAAUUUUCGUGAAACAUCACAGCACAGUUGAAAAAUAUAUGGCAAAUAGAAAUAAAACAUGGAUGGUGUUAAGAGAUAGAUGGGAGGGGUUGAGUGGAGCUGAAGUGUAGGACUAAAAACAACAAAUAAAAUAAAAUAGAAUACAUUUGUAUUUGUCACCGACUACAACAGGUGACAACCUGACCGUGAAAUGCUUACUUACAAGCCCUUAACCAACAGUGCAGUUUAAAGAAAAGUUAAAGAGUUAAGAAAAUAUUUACUAAAUAAACUCCAGUAAAAAGAAAGUAACACAAUAAAAUAACAAUAACGAGGGUAUAUACAGGGGGUACUGGUACAGAGUCAAUGUGUGGGGGUACAGGUUAGUCGAGGUAAUUGAGGUAAUAUGUACAUGUAGGUAGUGGUAAAGUGACUAUGCAUAGAUAAUAUAUAGCGAAUAGCAGCAGCGUAAAAAAAUGGGGGUCAAUGCAAAUUGUCCGUGUAGCCAUUAUACGUAUUAACUGUUCAUCAGUCUUAUGGCUUGGGGGUAGAAGCUGUUAUGGAGCCUUUUGGACCUAGACUUUGUGCUCCGGUAUCGCUUGCCGUGCAGUAGCAGAGAGGACAGUCAAUGACUUGGGUGGCUGGAGUCUUUCACAAUUUUUAGGGCCUUCCUCUGACACCGCCUGGUAUAGAGGUCCUGGAUGGCAGGAAGCUUGGCCCAAGUGACGUACUGGGCCGUACGCACUACCCUCUGUAGUGCCUUGUGGUCAGUUGCCGAGCAGUUGCCAUACCAGACAGUGAUGCAACCAGUCAGGAUGCUCUCAAUGGUGCAGCUGUAGAACCUUUUGAGGAUCUGGGGACCCAUGCCAAAUCUUUUCAGUCUCCUGAGGGGGAAUAGGCGUUGUUGUUCCCCUUUUUUUUGCCUUUAUUUAACUAGGCAAGUCAGUUAAGACAAAUUCUUAUUUACAAUGACGGCCUAAGAAAAGGCAAAAGGCCUCCUGCGGGGACGGGGGCUAGUAUUUUAAAAAUAAAUAAAGAUAUAAACAUAGGACCAAAUACACAUCACAACUAGAGAGACAACACAACACUACAUAAAGAGAGACCUAAGACAACAACAUAGCAUGGUAGCAACACACAACAAUACAGCAAGGUAGCAGCCCAACAUGAAAACAACAUGGUAGCAACACAACAUGGCAGCAGCACAACAUGUUAGCAGCACAAGACAUGGUACAAACAUUAUUGGGCACAGACAACAGCACAAAGGGCAAGAAGGUAGAGCCAACAAUACAUCACGCGAAGCAGCCACAACUGUCAGUAAGAGUGUCCAUGAUUGUCUUUGAAUGAAAAGAUGGAGAUAAAACUGUCCAGUUUGAGUGUUUUUUGCAGCUCGUUCCAGUCGCUAGCUGCAGUGAACUGGAAAGAGGAGCGACCCAGGGAUGUGUGUGCUUUGGGGACCUUUAACAGAAUGUGACUGGCAGAUCGGGUGUUGUAUGUGGAGGAUGAGGGCUGCAGUAGGUAUCUCAGAUAGGGGGGAGUGAGGCCUAAGAGGGUUUUGUAAAUAAGCAUCAACCAGUGGGACUUGCGACGGGUAUACAGAGAUGACCAGUUUACAGAGGAGUAUAGAGUGCAGUGAUGUGUCCUAUAAGGAGAAUUGGUGGCAAAUCUGAAGGCCGAAUGGUAAAGAACAUCUAGCCGAUCGAUAGCACCCUUACCUGCCGAUCUACAAAUUAUGUCUCCAUAAUCUAGCAUGGGUAGGAUGGUCAUCUGAAUCAGGGUUAGUUUGGCAGCUGGGGUGAAAGAGGAGCGAUUACGAUAGAGGAAAGCAAGUCUAGAUUUAACCUUAGCCUACAGCUUUGAUAUGCGCUGAGUGAAGGACAGUGUACUGUCUAGCCAUACUCCCAAGUACUUGUAUGAGGUGACUACCUCAAGCUCUAAACCCUCAGAGGUAGUAAUCACACCGGUGGGGAGAGGGGCAUUCAUCUUACCAAACCACAUGACCUUUGUUUUGGAGGUGUUCAGAACAAGGUUAAGGGCAGAGGAAGCUUGUUAGACACUAAGAAAGCUUUGUGUGUAGAGCGUUUAGCACAAAAUCUGGGGAGGGGCCAUCUGAGUAUAAGACUGUAUCAUCUGCAUAUAAAUGGAUGAGAGCGCUUCCUACUGCCUGAGCUAUAUUGUUGAUGUAACUUGAAAAGAGCGUGGGGCCUAGGAUCGAGCCUUGGGGUACUCCCUUGGUGACAGAAAGUGGCUGAGAUAGCAGAUGUUCUGACUUUAUACAUUGCACUCUAUGAGAGAGGUAGUUAGCAAACCAGGCCAAAGACCCCUCAGAAUACUCCUUAGCCGGCCGACAAGGAUGGAAUGGUCUACAGUAUCAAAAGCUUUGGCCAAGUCAAUAAAAAUAGCAGCACAAUAUUGUUUAGAAUCAAGGGCAAUAGUGACAUAAUUUAGGACCUUUAAGGUUGCAGUGACACAUUCAUAACCUGAGCGGAAACCAGCUUGCAUACCAGAGAGAAUACUAUAGACAUCAAGAAAGCCAGUCAGCUGAAUAUUGACACGUUUUUCCAACACUUUUGAUAAACAGGGCAAAAUAGAAAUUGGCCUAUAACAGUUAGGAUCAGCUUGAUUUUCCCCUUUAAAUAAAGGACGCACCGUGGCUGCCUUCCAAGCAAUAGGAACCUCCCCAGAGAGGAGAGACAGGUUAAAAACAGACAGGCUUGCCGAUUAUAGGGGCUGCAACCUUAAAGAAGAAAAGGUCUAAACCAUCUGACCCAGAUGUUUUUUUGGUGUGAAGUUUAAGGAGCUCCUUUAGCACCUCGGACUCUGUGACCGCCUGCAGUGAGAAACUUUGUAGCGGGAAGGGGGAAAAGAGGGAGGAGCAUCGGGGCUAGUCGCAUUAGAAGGGGUGGGAGAUGAGGAAAUGUUGGAUGGGCAAGGAGGCAUGGCUGAGUCUAAUAGGAAUCCUGACUUAAUGAAGUGGUGAUUAAAGAGCUCAGCCAUGUGCUCUUUGUCAGUAACAACCACAUCAUCAACAUUAAGGGACAUGGGCAGCUGUGAGGAGGAGGGUUUAUUCACCAGGUCUUUAACAGUUUUCCAGAACUUCUUGGGGUUAGACCCACAGAGCGAGAACUGCUCCUUAAAGUAACUAGCUUUGGCCUGAGUGCACUUAUUUCUCGUUUGCCUGAACAAGAGUCAGUCAGCCUGAGUAUGCGAGCCUUUCGCCAAAUAUAAUUCUUGAGUUGGAGUAACUCUGCCAGAUCACGGUCGAACCAGGGGCUGAACCUGUUUUUAAUUCUCCUUUUCUUUAUGGGGGCAUGUUUGUUAACAAUACCACUGAAAAUAUCAAAAAAGAAGGUCCAAGCGUCUUCGACAGAGGGGAACAAGCUGAUUCUAUACCUAUUUAUAGAGGCCAGGUCAUGAAGGAAGGCUUGCUCAUUCAAGUAUUUUAGCAAGCGUCUAUGACAAAUCAGGACAAGUCGUUUCACUGAGUAGCCAUUACGAACACAGGCUGUAAAACAGUGAUCACUAAGGUCAUUACAGAAAACACCAGACUGAUACCUAUACUUGGUGGAGACAACCAAGCACUGAAGGUGUUCCUGGGUAAAGAUUGCUACUCCACCACCUUUGGAAGAUCUGUCUUGCCGAAUAAGGUUAUAACCAGAAAGGUUAACAUCAGUGUUCAAAACACUCUUUCUUAACCACGUCUCAGUAAUGACCAACACAUCUGGAUUGGAGCUGUGAACCCACACUUUCAAUUGAUCAAUUUUAGGUAAUAAGCUUCUUGUGUUUACAUGCAGAAAGCCCAGGCUUUUACGAGAGCAGAAAUCAGUGAAGCAAAUAUCAGAGCACAAGUCAGAAUUGGGGCUAGCGACAGUAGAUGGGCCAGGGUGUACAUGCACAUUUCCAGAUAUCAUCAGCAGUAAUACAAUCAGGGCACGGCUGAGGAGAGGGAGAGCUCUGCAGUGUUGAUUUUAUAUGACAUUUGAAUGUGCAUCAGAUGGCAACAAGAUCAUAUUGUACAGAAAUUUCAUCAGGUAACAUGAAUUCAAAGCCGGCGAGAGGUGGUUAGAAUAGGAUGGGAGUCCAAGAGACCGUGUAACCAACAAAUAGUCAGAGUCCUGAGUGUGGGAACAAACAUAGUCUGUCACACGGGCGGGUAAACAAGCAAGGUCUUAGUCAACAAUGCACGCAGGAGUCAUGAGGCAAAUAGCAUCAAGCACAACAAAAAAAUAUAACGACUUGGGGCUAUCUUUCGUAAGUUCAGAGUCACUCGCCCCAACAGAGCGUGUGUGCUAGAGGUGAGCGAAAGCUUGGGAGAGAGGGGGGAGUGUGGUGGGGGUACCUGUACCAGACAGGGGGAGACAGGCCAGGGCAGACGGUGAACAGAUCGCCAGGUGGAAUCCAAGCAACAGUGCAGCAGGCAACGGGAGUAGGUGUCACACCCACUUGGGAGAAACGUUUUCGGGAGGCAGAUUCCUUGUAGAAGAUCCCAGCUAGCUACGUCCAAACAAAGAUGUCCUGUGGCUGUUGUAUUUUGGAGAUUGCGAGGAGGAUAUCUUCUGAUGUUGUUAAAGCAAAAAUAUUGUUUCUUAUUGAGGUAAUUUACAAUUUAAGUGUCCUGGCUGCAUAUCAGUUCAGAAUAGAGUUGAAUCCAGGGAGUACUGUCUUGGUGUGUUUGGACCAGAGGGAGGUGGUUAAUCCCAGUGUCCUUAGAUUAGUGAUGAGCUUUGAGGGCGCUAUGGUGUUGAACACUGAGCUGUAGUCAAUGAACAGCAUUCUCACGUAGGUGUUCCUUUUGUCCAGGUGGGAAAGGGCAGUGUGGAGUACAUUAGAGAUUGCAUCAUCUGUGGAUCUGUUGGCGCGUUAUGCAAAUUGGAGUGGGUCUAGGGUUUCUGGGAUGAUGGUGUUGAUGUGAGCCAUGACCAGCCUUUUAAAGCACUCCAUGGCUACAGACGUGAGUGCUACGGGUCGGUAGACAUUUAGGCAGGUUACCUUGGCAUUCUUGGGCACAGGGACUAUGGUGGUCUGCUUGAAACAUGUAGGUAUUACAGACUCGGUCAGGGACAGGUUAAAAAUGCCAGUGAACACACUUGCCAGUUGGUCAGAGCAUGCUCUGAGUACACGUCCUGCUAAUCCGUCUGGCCCUGCGGCCUUGUGAAUGUUGACCUGUGUCUUGUUUUGUACGCUUUGUACAAAAUUAUAAAAUGCAGGACGACAGGAUAUUUAUAAACGUAGCUCUUUAUUAACUAGCUAUAACUUGCAUGUCCAUGUGUCUCUGGCCAUGAUCAUCUUAGAAUGACCUCACCACCUGGGUGGUCUUAACCAAUCAUAGCACAGUAUGAUAUGACAGUAUAAUGAAUCCAAUUACAAUUCAGUAUGCUGACACAUAUGAAUAUUACAUCCCCCUUCUUUUAAAAAAAAGAAAAAAUAUGUAGAACAAUAAAGCGUUUCUUUUGAAUAUAUGCUCUGUAGUUUGAACUCGAGGUAAGUAACCAUUUAAACUGCACCAACUGCAUCAACAUAACAGACAAACAAUGAUUCAGCAUACUGUUACUUUUAGACAAAUAUUUCUCAGCAAUUCAGCUUUUCACUGUAGCAAUGACAUCUCAACAUAUCAAACAAAUACCAUACCAAAGCAUUUCAAGUUAACUUUCAAUAACAAGUUUACAGUCUGGAACUCUUUUAGGGCAGCGAUCUGCCUACACCCUUUGACAUUUCACAGGUCUAGGACAGCUCUAGGCUUGACCUCUCUUCCUGACCUUGUGUGAUAUGAAGCUGAGCAAGCUUCUGUGUCAGUCAACAGUUCUUGUGGUGUUGCAGGUACGUAUGGUGUAUGUUGUGUUGUGUCUGUGUUUAGUCCACCCCGUUCUCUUUCAGGGGAACAGUUCAUCUCGUCAGUGUGUUGUUCUUUUGUGUUCAGUAGGUGACGACGAUUGCGGCGGUACACCGCUCCUUCUGCGGUGCGAACGAGAUAUGAACAUUCAGUGUCAGCUGGUUGGAUGACGACUGCUGGCUUCCAGUAGCCAUGCUCCUGGAUUCUAACUGACUCUCCGUCGUUCAGUGGUGGCAGUGGUCUGGCUGACCUGUCGUAGUAUCGCUUUUGCUGUUGUUGUCUCUGUGCACGUUUUGCAUGCACUUCCUUGUAGCUGACAACCUCAGGUUGCAGCUGCUGGUUGGUGCUGGGAAGGAUUGAGCGAAGUCUGCGGCUCAUCAACAGCUGGGCUGGUGAUUUGAAGUUGUCAACUGGAGUGUUGCGGUAUUCAAGGAGACUGAGGUAGGGGUCUCUCUUGUCUGCUUUUGCUUUGUCCAUGAGUGAUUUAGCGAUCUGCACAGAUUUUUCGGCAAGGCCAUUACUUUGAGGGUAAUGUGGGCUUGUGGUGACGUGUGUGAACUCCCAUGCUUUUGUGAAGGAUUCAAACUCAUUUGAUUUGUAACAGGGCCCAUUGUCAGAUAUUAAAGUCUCUACAAUGCCAUGCCUGGCAAAGGCUGCUUUCAGCUUGUGUAUCACAGCUGCAGAUGUGGUGCUGUGAAGCUUGUCAAGUUCGAAGUAUCUGCUGUAGUAGUCCACUGUUAUAAUGUAGUCCUCGUUGUUCCACGUGAACAGAUCGGUUGCCACGACCUGCCAGGGUCGGUCUGGGAUACGGUGAGGUAACAUUGGCUCUUUGGUGUUUGAGGGGCGUCGUUCAAGACAGGUGGGGCAUUUACCAACCAUGUCCUCUAUUUGUUUGCACAUUCCGGGCCAAAACAAAAUGUCCCGUGCCCUCUGUUUGCACUUUUCCAUGCCCAUGUGUCCAGCAUGGAUCUUUGUCAAAAUCUCUUCUCUGAGACUGGUAGGAAUGAUGAUUUUCUCUCCUUUGAAAAUUAUUCCGUUGAUCUGUGAUAGUUCGUCACGAUGGUUCCAGAACUCUGAGACGCUCUGAGGGCAUUUUCUCCUCUCCUCAGGCCAUCCUGACUGUAUGACUUUCCUCAGCUGUGUGAGUUGUGUGUCUUUUUCUGUUUCUGCUCGGAUCUCCUUCAGUUUUGUGUCACUAACUGGUAAGUUGCUGUACACAGUGUGCACCUGCAUGUCCAUGCCUUCACUGAGGCUGCUGUCCUUGUAGGUAAGAAACUUCCUGGAGAGUGUGUCUGCGACAGGGAUGUCUUUGCCUGGACGGUGAGUGAUUGUGAAGUCGUAUUUUUGUAGUUGAAGGAUCAUUCUCUGUAGCCUUGGCGGGGCUGCGGCUAACGGUUUCCUCAUGAUUGACUCGAGGGGCUUGUGGUCUGAUUCCACAAUGACUUGUCGUCCAUAGACAUACUGAUGGAAACGCUUACAUCCGAACAGAAUGGCGUACAGCUCCUUUUCGAUUUGAGCGUAGUUGAUUUCACAGUCUGUGAGAGAUUUGGAAGCGUAGCCGAUGGGUUUUCCUUCUUGCAGUAGCACUGCCCCUAGUCCAUACUUUGACGCGUCCACCUGGAGUCUGAGCUCUUUGUUGGGGUCGUAGUAGGCAAGGAUUGGUCCUGGUUCUCUCGUGAUCAAGUCUUUCACUUUCUGGAAAGCGAUGUCGUGUUGGUUGUCCCAGAGGAACUCACUGGACUGCUUUAGCAGCUGACGCAGGGGUGCAUUAGCAUUGGAGAGGCUGGGUGCGAACUUGGCUAAGUAGUUGACCAUGCCAAGCACUGUUUCCAGCUCUGCGCGGUUCUUUGGUGGCUCCAUUUCCUUUAUGGCUGAGAUCUUCUGCAGAUCUGGCUUGAUUCCAUUCGCUGUGAGAAGAUGCCCGAAGUAGCUGACCUCUGUAGCGCCGACUGUGCUCUUCUCGGGGUUGAGCCGGACUCCUCUCUCGCGGGACCUUUGCAGCAUCGCGUUGAGGUUUCUGUCGUGUUCCUCUUUGGUUCGACCAUAGACAAGGAUGUCGUCUACAAUUGCCACGACUCCGUCGAGGCCUUCGUACACCUCGUCGAUCUUUCGCUGAAACUCGUCUUGGGCUGAGAUAAUCCCAAAAGGCAGGCGACGGAACCUGUAGCGUCCAAACGGUGUGUUGAACGUUGUGAGCUUAGAUGACUCUUCUGUGAGCUUGAUAGCCCAGUAGCCUGAUCUGGCGUCCAUGACACUGAAGUAGCGUGCGCCCGCUAGCUUGUGUGUGAUGCCAUCUAGCGUUGGUAAGGAGUAAUGGGGGCGUUUGAUAGCCUUGUUCAAGUCUCUUGGGUCGAGACAUACUCUGAGCUUGCCUGUGCGUGGUUUCUCCACCACCACUAACGCGUUGACCCAAUCCGUCGGUUCUGUAACCUUGGUGACGAUGUCAGAUUGCUCCAUGCUCUCCAACUCUUUCUUCAGACGGGCGCGGAGAGCAAGUGGAAUCUUUCUCGGUGGGUAGACCACAGGGGUUGCGUCUGGGUCAAGGUGAAUGGUACAUUCUCCUGGGAAUAGUCCUAUUCCUGUAAAAACAUCAGCAAACUCCUCCAUGACAUUCUCUAUCUCUACUGGUGCUGUCACUGAUAAAACUAGCUUGAUAAGGUCCAUGUCUAAACAUGCUUUAAGACCUAGCACUGCAGGUGCUCGAGUGUCAACAAUGUAAAAGUCCAACAUCAUGUCCCUUUCCUUGUAUUUGCAUUUGAGAGUGCAUGUGCCUUUUACUGGGAGCUGUUCACCACCAUAACCAGUCAGUCUGUGCGUGGUGGGCUGUAGCUCACACUCAGAUGUCAAGCUUCUGUACUUACUCAGAGGAAUAAUGUUUACUUGUGCACCAGUGUCUAGUUAGAAUUUUAGCUCUGUGCCUUGUCUUCCUAUCUCAAUGUCAGCAAAGGCUUGCUCUGUCUCUGAUAUCUGACUUUUCUGUGUCACUGAAUCAAUAAACAGUUCAUCAGCAUUUGACUCUUUGAUUGACAUUUCAUCUUCACUCACUGUAUGUACUGUUUUUCCACGGUAAACUCUGCACACUUUUGCAAAGUGAUUCCAUUUUCCACAUUUAGUACACUGUUUGCCUUUAGCUGGGCAAUUCCCCUGUUCGCCAUGCACUUUGUAUCCACAAUAUCCACAUGUUUUGGGGCGUUUGGAGUCUGUGUCGCUCUGUUUUGGAGUUCUGUCUGUCUCCGUUCUGAAACAUGCUCUCUGGGCACUGGAGGUGUGCUUUGAUGUCUGCCUGACUGCGUGCACUGCUUGUUCACGUGAUGCGCUCGUGCUGCCGCCUGAAAUGGUUUUCAUCUGAACCUGUGUUAGCUCGUGAGAUCUGGCUAUGUCGAUAGCUUUGUCCAGCGUUAACUCUGAUCCAACAUUCAAAAGUUUCUCUCUCACUCGCGGUGAGUGUAUUCCAAAUACAAUACGGUCCCUGACCAUCUCAUCCUUGUUUGCAUAAUCACAGUCUUUCACAAGCAGACGCAGCUCAGUGACAAACUGUUCAAACGAUUCGCUAGCGCCUUGUACUUUCUCAUGGAAUUUGUAUCUAGCGAAAAUUGUAUUGGUCUUUGGCACAACAUAUGCUUCAAAACGAUCGUAGUAUGUUUUCAGUACCUUUGAUUCAGCCUCGGUAAGUGUCCAUGUGUUGUAAAUGUCUCUCCCUUUUUCACCGAUCCAGAGGAGCAGGUAGCUGCACUUUUCCUCUUCUCCUCUUUCCUUCAGAGGACCCGUGAACAUCAGCUCCACAUGCUGUUUGAACUUACGCCAUGCAUCGGGUAGAUUUGUAGACCCCCAAUCCAUUCGAGGUGAAGGAACUCCAGCAAAAUCCAUCUUUUAGUCCUUUUACUCUGACACCAUGUCUUGUUUUGUACGCUUUGUACAAAAUUAUAAAAUGCAGGACGACAGGAUAUUUAUAAACGUAGCUCUUUAUUAACUAGCUAUAACUUGCAUGUCCAUGUGUCUCUGGCCAUGAUCAUCUUAGAAUGACCUCACCACCUGGGUGGUCUUAAUCAAUCAUAGCACAGUAUGAUAUGACAGUAUAAUGAAUCCAAUUACAAUUCAGUAUGCUGACACAUAUGAAUAUUACAACCUGUUUAAAGCUCUUACUCACAUCGGCUACGGAGAGCGUGAUCACUCAGUCGUCCGCAACAACUGGUGCUCUCAUGCAUGCUUCAGUGUUGCUUGCCUUGAAGCGCGCAUAGAAGUAAUUUAUCUUGUCUGAUAGGCUUGUGUCACUGGGUAUCUGUUAAGCGUCAGAGCCGGUGUAGUAGGAUUCAAUCUUAGUCUUGUAUUGACGCUUUGCCUGUUUUAUGGUUCUUCGGAGGGCAUAGCGGGAUUUCUUAUAAUCGUCCGGGUUGGAGUCCCUCUCCUUGAAUGCGGCAGCUUCAUGCUUUAUAUCAGUGAGGAUGUUGCAUGUAAUCCAUGGCUUCUGGUUAGGGAAUGUAUGUACAAUCACUGUGGGAACGACGUCAUCGAUGCACUUAUUGAUGAAGCCGGUGACUGAUAUGGUAAACUCCUCAAUGCCAUAGGCUGAAUCCCAGAAAAUAUUCCAGUCUGUGCUAGCAAAACAGUCCUGUAACUUAGCAUCUGCGUCAUCUGGCCACUUCCGUAUUGAGCGAGUCAUUGGUACUUUCUGGUUUAGUUUUUGCUUGUAAGCAGGAAUCAGGAGGAUAGAAUUAUGGUCAGAUUUGCCAAAUGGAGGGCGAGGGAGAGCUUUGUACGCGUCUCUGUGUGUGGAGUAAAGGUGGUCUAGAGUUUUUUUUUCCUCUGGUUGCACAUGUUACAUGCUAAGAUACAGUGGGGAAAAAGUAUUUAGUCAGCCACCAAUUGUGCAAGUUCUCCCACUUAAAAAUAUGAGAGAGGCCUUUAAUUUUCAUCAUAGGUACACAUCAACUAUGACAGACAAAAUGAGAAAAAAAAAUCCAGAAAAUCAUAUUGUAGGAUUUUUAAUGAAUUUAUUUGCAAAUUAUGGUGGAAAAUAAGUAUUUGGUCAAUAACUAAAGUUUCUCAAUACUUUGUUAUAUACCCUUUGUUGGCAAUGACACAGGUCAAACGUUUUCUGUAAGUCUUCACAAGGUUUUCACCCACUGUUGCUGGUAUUUUGGCCCAUUCCUCCAUGCAGAUCUCCUCUAGAGCAGUGAUGUUUUGGGGCUGUCGCUGGGCAACACAGACUUUCAACUCCCUCCAAAGAUUUUCUAUGGGGUUGAGAUCUGGAGACUGGCUAGGCCACUCCAGGACCUUGAAAUGCUUCUUACGAAGCCACUCCUUCGUUGCCCGGGCGGUGUGUUUGGGAUCAUUGUCAUGCUGAAAGACCCAGCCACGUUUCAUCUUCAAUGCCCUUGCUGAUGGAAGGAGGUUUUCACUCAAAAUCUCACGAUACAUGGCCCCAUUCAUUCUUUCCUUUACACGGAUCAGUCGUCCUGGUCCCUUUGCAGAAAAACAGCCCCAAAGCAUGAUGUUUCCACCCCCAUGCUUCACAGUAGGUAUGGUGUUCUUUGGAUGCAACUCAGCAUUCUUUGUACUCCAAACACGACGAGUUGAGUUUUUACCAAAAAGUUAUAUUUUGGUUUCAUCUGACCAUAUGACAUUCUCCCAAUCCUCUUCUGGAUCAUCGAAAUGCACUCUAGCAAACUUCAGACGGGCCUGGACAUGUACUGGCUUAAGCAGGGGGACACGUCUGGCACUGCAGGAUUUGAGUCCCUGGCGGAGUAGUGUGUUACUGAUGGUAGGCUUUGUUACUUUGGUCCCAGCUCUCUGCAGGUCAUUCACUAGGUCCCCCCGUGUGGUUCUGGGAUUUUUGCUCACCGUUCUUGUGAUCAUUUUGACCCCACGGGGUGAGAUCUUGCGUGGAGCCCCAGAUCGAGGGAGAUUAUCAGUGGUCUUGUAUGUCUUCCAUUUCCUAAUAAUUGCUCCCACAGUUGAUUUCUUCAAACCAAGCUGCUUACCUAUUGCAGAUUCAGUCUUCCCAGCCUGGUGCAGGUCUACACUUUUGUUUCUGGUGUCCUUUGACAGCUCUUUGGUCUUGGCCAUAGUGGAGUUUGGAGUGUGACUGUUUGAGGUUGUGGACAGGUGUCUUUUAUACUGAUAACAAGUUCAAACAGGUGCCAUUAAUACAGGUAACGAGUGGAGGACAGAGGAGCCUCUUAAAGAAGAAGUUACAGGUCUGUGAGAGCCAGAAAUCUUGCUUGUUUGUAGGUGACCAAAUACUUAUUUUCCACCAUAAUUUGCAAAAAAAUAUUUUCUGGAUUUUUUUUUCUCAAUUUGUCUGUCAUAGUUGACGUGUACCUAUGAUGAAAAUUACAGGCCUCUCUCAUCUUUUUAAGUGGGAGAACUUGCACAAUUGGUGGCUGACUAAAUACUUUUUUUCCCCACUGUAACAAGAUAACUAAUGUAAAAUAUACUGUGUCCAUAAAAUGUACAGUAUAUAGGUUCAGAACUUUUGUGAAACAGCACAUUAAAAGUUACAUGGCAAAUAGAAAUCAAACUGGAUGGUCUUCAAAGAUAGAUGGGAGGGGUUAAGGGGAGCUGAAGGAUGGGAUUAAAAACAAACAAAAGAUAACUAUUGUAAAAUACACUGUGUCCGUAAAACGUAUAUAGUAUGUGUAAGCUGGAAGUAGAAUCCUAAUUGUUGUUGUCCAUUGGUUUACUCCAAUUAGGGGAGGGGUGUUAGGGAGGGUUAGGGGAAAAUAAUAAAUGAAAAUAUAUUUAAAAAAUAUAUAUAUAUAUAUAUAUAUAUAUAUAUAUAUACACACUACCAGUCAAAAGUUUGGACACACCUGCUCAUUCAAGGGUUUUCUUUAUUUUUACUAUUUUUUAAAUUGUAGAAUAAAAGUGAAGACAUCAUGUAGUAACAAAAAAAGUGUUACACGAAUCAAAAUAGAUUUUAGAUUUUAGAUUCUUCAAAGUAGCCACCCUUUGCCUUGAUGACAGCUUUGCACACUCUUGGCAUUCUCUCCACCAGCUUCAUGAGGUAGUCACCUGGAAUGCAUUUCAAUUAACAAGUGUGCCUAAUUGAGUAAUUUAUUUCCUUCUUAAUGCGUUUGAGCCAAUCAGUUGUGUUGUGACAAGGUAGGGGUGGUAUACAGAAGAUAGCCCUAUUUGGUAAAAGACCAACUUCAUAUUUGGUACAGAAACCUUUGUUUGCAAUUACAGAGAUCAUACGUUUCCUGUAGGUCUUGACCAGGUUUGCACACACUGCAGCAGGGAUUUUGGCCCACUCCUCCAUACAGACCUUCUCCAGAUCCUUCAGGUUUCGGGGCUGUCGCUGGGCAAUACGGACUUUCAGCUCCCUCCAAAGAUGUUCUAUUAGGUUCAGGUCUGGAGACUGGCUAGGCCACUCCAGGACCUUGAGAUGCUUCUUACGGAGCCACUCCUUAGUUGCCCUGGCUGUGUGUUUCGGGUCGUUGUGAUGCUGGAAGACCCAGCCACGAUCCAUCUUCAAUGCUCUUACUGAGGGAACGAGGUUGUUGGCCAAGAUCUCGCGAUACAUGGCCCCAUCCAUCCUCCCCUCAAUACGGUGCAGUCGUCCUGUCCCCUUUGCAAAAAAGCAUCCCCAAAGAAUGAUGUUUCCACCUCCAUGCUUCACGGUUGGGAUGGUAUUCUUGGGGUUGUACUCAUCCUUCUUCUUCCUCCAAACACGGCGAGUGGAGUUUAGACCAAAAAGCUCUAUUUUUGUCUCAUCAGACCACAUGACCUUCUCCCAUUCGUCCUCUGGAUCAUCCAGAUGGUCAUUGGCAAACUUCAGAUGGGCCUGGACAUGCGCUGCUUGAGCAGGGGGACCUUGCAUGCGCUGCAGGAUUUUAAUCCAUGACGGCGUAGUGUGUUACUAAUGGUUUUCUUUGAGACUGUGGUCCCAGCUCUCUUCAGGUCAUUGACCAGGUCCUGCCGUGUAGUUCUGGGCUGAUCCCUCACCUUCCUCAUGAUCAUUGAUGCCCCACAAGGUGAGAUCUUCCAUGGAGCCCCAGACCGAGGGUGAUUGACCGUCAUCUUGAACUUCUUCCAUUUUCUAAUAAUUACGCCAACAGUUGUUGCCUUCUCACCAAAAUGCUUGCCUAUUGUCCUGUAGCCCAUCCCAGCCUUGUGCAGGUCUUCAAUUUUAUCCCUGAUGUCCUUACACAGCUCUCUGGUCUUGGUCAUUGUGGAGAGGUUGGAGUCUGUUUGAUUGAGUGUGUGGACAGGUGUCUUUUAUACAGGUAACGAGUUCAAACAGGUGCAGUUAAUACAGGUAAUGAGUGGAGAACAGGAGGGCUUCUUAAAGAAAUAGUAACAGGUCUGUGAGAGCCGGAAUUCUUACUGGUUGGUAGGUGAUCAAAUACUUAUGUCAUGCAAUAAAAUACAAAUUAAUUACUUAUAAAUGAUACAAUGUGAUUUUCUGAAUUUUUGUUUUAGAUUCAGUCUCUCACAGUUGAAGUGUACCUAUGAUAAAAAUUACAGACCUCUACAUGCUUUGUAAGUAGGAAAACCUGCAAAAUCGGCAGUGUAUCAAAUACUUGUUCUCCCCACUGUAUGUGCCCUGUAUAUAUUCAACAUAAAUAUACAAGUAGAAUUAUCAAUUAAUUAUUACAGUGACUUAUUGUAGUGUUUGUUUAUGUGUCAAUUAAUCCCAUAAGGGAUGGGUUGCCAACUGGCGAUUUGACACGAAAAUAAAAUAUAUUUCAUUCAUUAAUUCAUUCAAUUUCAGUCAUAUACACAUUAUAUACAACAUAUCAUGGGAAACAGAAGUAAAACAUCACGUAUCACCCAGAAAAACAUUCCUCCACAAAUAAGUCCCCAAUCAAUACUAUAAACUGCCCGAACGGCACCAGAACAUCAAAAUGAAAUGUAUUUUGAAUUUUGUGCUAGCAAUACGUUGCAUUAAAACUACAAUCAGAUUUACCUAGCUCGGUGGAGACCCUAGGAACCUCAAGAGUUAACCAAUCCUGUGAACGGGUUAGGCAGAAGUCCAGCUCAACUCAUACAGGACGACUCGUUGUGCCUGUGGUGAGCCUGUGGUGAGCCUGUGGUGUGCCUGUGGUGAGCCUGUGGUGAGCCUGUGGUGUGCCUGUGGUGAUCCUGUGGUGAGCCUGUGGUGAGCCUGUGGUGAGCCUGUGGUGUGCCUGUGGUGAUCCUGUGGUGAGCAUGUGGUGUGCCUGUGGUGAUCCUGUGGUGAGCCUGUGGUGUGCCUGUGGUGAUCCUGUGGUGAGCCUGUGGUGAGCCUGUAGUGUGCCUGUGGUGAGCCUGUGGUGUGCCUGUGGUGUGCCUGUGGUGAUCAUGUGGUGUGCCUGUGGUGAUCCUGUGGUGAGCCUGUGGUGUGCCUGUGUGGAGCCUGUGGCGUGUGUGAUACUUGCCCUCCCCCUCUCUAGGCUCGCCUUCCUCUUCCCAUGAUGAAUGAGAUAGUGAAUGCUGCCAAUGUGAUUGCUGCUAAAUUUCAUGCUCCGUGUAUAUGUUGGCCAGCAAAUCAUUUCAUCUGUCUUUGAUUUAUAAAAUACUCUCUGGCAUCUUCUUCUCCUAUCCCCGUCACUCUGUGUGUGCGUGUAUGUUCAGGGUCUCUGAGGAUUCUGGGCUGACGACGCUGGAUUCACUAAAAAGUCGAAUACGGGACCUAGAGAAGCAGCUGACCAAAGGGGACAGACACAACUGUCUUAUCUGUAGGGUGAGUGUAUAGCCUGAGUCCCAGUCUACUUGUGCUGUCAUGCCAACUCCUUGUCACUCUUUGUCAUUGUUUAGCUUGACAAUGAGCAAUGGAGUUGGGAAGAGCUCUAACAGGUCUGGGACCAGGCUAGUGAGUAUAGCCGCACUGGGAGCAAGCUAGUGCAAUAUAAAUACUGAAGUGUGUCCUUUAAGAACCUUUCAUUCAACCUGUCAAUGAACACAGUUAUGAAUAGGUGAAUUUCAAUAUGGGUAAAACUGAGCCCCAAAGCAAACAAAUUCAAACAUGUUGAACAUUCGAUUAAAUCUGUUGAGGAAUGUACCACAGCUAGGUCUCCUAGGUCUCCUAGGUCCUUGUCUCACCUAUCCUAGUCUCCUAGGUCCUUGUCUCACCUAUCCUAGGUCUCCUAGGUCUCCUAGGUCUCCUAGGUCCUUGUCUCACCUAUCCUAGUCUCCUAGGUCUCCUAGGUCUCCUAGGUCCUUGUCUCACCUAUCCUAGGUCUCCUAGGUCUCCUAGGUCCUUGUCUCACCUAUCCUAGUCUCCUAGGUCUCCUAGGUCUCCUAGGUCCUUGUCUCACCUAUCCUAGUCUCCUAGGUCUCCUAGGUCUCCUAGGAUCUUGUCUCACCUAUCCUAGGUCUCCUAGGUCUCCUAGGUCCUUGUCUCACCUAUCCUAGUCUCCUAGGUCCUUGUCUCACCUAUCCUCUCCAGCUGCACUGAUACAGCAGCUACAGGCAAUUAACACCAUCUAGUGACAACAGUCUUUCAUUGCAAUCGAGACAUUUAACUCGCAAUGUGUUUCACUGUGUGUCGCUGCGUGUGGCACUAGAAUGUUUUCUUUCUCUCUUCAUCGUUUUCUUUCUUUCCAUCUCCUGUCUCCUCCCCCUCCUCCCCCUCCUCCUCCCCUCCUCCUCCUCCUCUCUCUCUCUCUCUCUCCUCCCUUCUCUCUCUCUCCUCUCUCUCUCGCUCGUCUCUCUCUCUCUCCUCUCUCUGUAGGACACGUACACAACACCUCUCACCUCCAUCCAGUGCUGGCAUGCCCACUGUGAGGAGUGUUGGCUCCGCACUCUGGUAAGAUGUUUGUCAGAUAAUGCUGUACAGUGAUAAUACACAUGACUCUUAUGUCUUUUUAUCACGUUACCCUCCUCUCCUCUCUCCUGUCCUCUGUCCUCUACCCAUCCUCUCCUCUCUCCUGUCCUCUGUCCUCUACCCAUCCUCUCCUCUCCUCCCCCCUCCUCUCCUCUCUCCUCUCUCCUCUCCUCCUCCCUCCCUCCCUCUCCCCUCUCCCUCUCCCCCUCAUCUUCUCUCUCCCCCCUCCUCUCCUCCUCCUCUCCUUCCUCUCCUCCCUCUCCUCUCCCUCCUCUCUCCUCUCCUCUCCUCUCCUCUCCUCUCCUCUCCUCUCCUCUCCUCUCCUCUCCUCUCCUCUCCUCUCCUCUCCUCUCCUCUCCUCUCCUCUCCUCUCCUCUCUCUCCUCUCCCCCUCCUCUCCCCUCUCUCCUCUCUCCUCUACCCCCCUCCUCUCCUCUCCCCCCUCCUCUCCUCUCCUCUCCCCCCUCCUCUCCCCUCUCCUCUCUCCUCUCCUCUUUGAAACCACAUUUCCCUCUGGGGACAAUAAAGUUUGAUUGAUUGAUUGUUGCACACAAAUUUCAUACAGAUGUUUGUUGAGGCCAAAGCAGUCUCAAAUUUCUGUGUUUAUGUCCUAGGGGGCUAAGAAGCUGUGUCCACAGUGUAACACCAUCACUUCUCCUGGGGACCUGAGA